AUGUCAUCUCGAUUCCCUCCAUCGUCCGGGUUCAAUUCCCGUGACCGCUCUCCACAACGAUUCGGAGACCGACGUCCCCCAGCCGGUCCCCGAGGUCCAGACGACGGCCCUGCGCCAUUCGGCAGAGAUCCACCGCGUGGCCCUCGAGCUUUAGUGGACUCUCCUCGAGGGGGCCAUUUUGGUGGUGGCCGCGGCAGGGGCUAUGGCCGUGGCGAUUUCCGUGAUCGAGACCGAGACCGCGACCGUGACUUUCGAGAUAACCGGGACGGUCCUCCAUUUCGCCGAGAUCUGGACCGCGACUGGCCUCGCCGUGGGCAUGACCGCGAUCGCGACUUCGAUUCAAGAGACAAUAGAAUAGGCUUUGGCCGGGGCCGUUCCCGGUCCCCCACGCGCGAUUUUCGAGAUAUCAGGGAACCCCCCGGGCGUGAUUUCGAUCUGGUUCGGAUGCGACGCAAUUCAAGAGAUAGUAUUCUAUCCGCAUCAUCGGGAGGUCCAGAUGGUCCGCCGCCAAAUAUGGGCCAUAUGCCUCGAGGGGGCAUGCGAGGACGGGGCCGUGGAGAUUGGGAAGGAGGUCGUGGCAGAGGUGGACGGCCUUUCCUGGACGACCGCGAUCUAUUCCGUCGACGUAGUCGAUCUCGCGAACCAUGGCGCGGUCGAGAUAGAAUGAUGGACCGCGAUAGAGAAAGGGACUUCGAUCGGGAGCGCGUGCUUGAUCGUGAGCGAAUGAUGGAUCGUGAUCGCGAUCGAGACAUUUUGCGCCCAAGAGACCGAGAACGUGAUCUUUUGGAUCGGGACUUGGAUCGUCGAGACCGCUUUGACCGCCGUGAAGAUUGGGACAAUAAUCGACGUCCUGACCGUGAAGAUCGUGAUCGCCCCGCGGAUUCCUGGAAAAGGGAUCGACCCCCUAGUCGUACAGACAGUCGCGCGGCGAGCGGUUCAACUACCUCUUCGCAUCCUCCGAUCGCGCCGGGCCAAGCCUCGACUUCAACAGACCGGCUACCUGAACAUCAACAGGUAGAUCACAACCGAAAGCCAUCCAUCAUUCCAGGUGCUCCUGCCCCCGAAUCAGGACGAGACACCGAGCGGAAUGAUCACUCCACUUCUCGACCAGAGCUAAUGAGGCCAAACCCUGUUCGACCAAAUCCCGCUCGACCUGAUACUGUUCAAUCUGACUCGAGUCGGCCUGGUCCCGCCCGAGCUGACCCCAUCCGGCCCGAACUUACUCGGCCCGAACCUGCACGACCUGAAUCCGCUAGACCUGAAGCUGCUCGACCCGAACUUGCUCGGCCUGAACCUACUCGGCCUGAACCUACUCGGCCUGAACCUACUCGGCCUGAACCUGCUCGGCCUGAACCUGCUAGACCUGAUCCAGCUCGACCCGAGACUGCCCAGCAUGAUUCAGUUCAGUCUGAGCCCAUUCGACAGGAGCCUAGAAGGGAAUCAGGAGCAGUGGGUCGACGUUCUCCGCCCCCGGCCGCUCCUCAGGUACCCGCAUUUGGCUCAGUGGCUGCCCCAAUGAGCACCCAACCUCUAAUCAAGGACCCCUUUGAACGCAAGACACCGAAAGCCACUCCACGUUCCGAACAAGAUGGUAACAAUGUGACCCAACGACUGCCCGCCCAGCCCCCCACUGGCCCUAAGGCUGACCGAGCCGACACAUCACACUCCUUUGACCCUCGUAAUCGCCACGAAGGUAUCCGAGAUACUGGCCACCAGCAACCUCUGCCUCCUCGAAGCCUCAAGGCAUCUACCAAUCUUCCCGAUGUAUUACCACCCACCGCUCCGGCUGCCAUGGCUAGACCAGACCCAGCUCCUGCUGCCAAUGACCAAUUCCCAGCAGGUAGGUCGAAUUCGCUUACGUCUUCUCCGACCUUCACCCGCAUUCCGCCGCCAGCACCCCGAUUACCGUCUCGCGAGCCUUCCAUGUCACCCCGGACGCAAUCAUCUGGCAUCCCUACCGGCCCACGGGCAUUACAAUGGCCGGCAUCCUCCCCCCGAAGUCGCAAAGGUAGCAAGCAAUGGGUGCGACCAGGCUAUGGCCGAACUCCUUCUAUCCCCCAUGCGCCGUCAAAGCAAGAGUCUGUCGAUGACGGCGAGUCGGCGAUCCCUCCCAAUGAAGUAGGGCGACCAGCCCCUCGAGCGCCAUCCCCAUUCGACAUGGACGAGCCCGAGAGUGGUGAGAUCUUACCUCACGAACAUACGAAGGGGCCAUCUCCAGUUUCUCCGAUGCAUCUUCCCAUCAGGCGCAGCCUUUCAGCAACAUUGGAUGGUUCCGGUGACCUCAAAGAGCCCGUAAAAAAGGCGAAUGAUGAAGGAUCUGUUAUGAUUCCAGAUUUCGAGCGUUCUAGUGACGAGGAUGACGGGGAGAACAUCGUUUUCACGAAGGAGUAUCUAGACGAAAGAAGACAGCUCUUCGAAAAAGACAUGGAGUCUCUUCGAGCAGAACUGCCAUUAUCGCCCUUGGAAGACCCGACCAUCGUUGCUCUCUUGAUGAAGAUCCAGCUGCUUGGUAUGGUGGCCAAUCAAAAUGUUGCCGAACAAUCAGGUGAAGGCCCAACAGGACCGACAUAUGAACUACCGACCGAACCGCCAACUGAGCCAAUGAGGAAUCCGUCGCCUGAACACCCGGCGGAGCUGCCCCUAGAGCCCAAAGAGGCCCCUGUGCCAUCGCCAAGAGAGGGUGAUUCGAAAGACAACACCGCCACUGAGCGUGCUGUAUCCUUUGUCGCACCUUUACUUGAGCGCGAGCCAGAACCACUCACAAAAACAACUUUGCCCCCUAGGGUUUCUCACGACGAGGUCACCGUUAGCGGUUUGCCAUUUUUGCAGUCAGGCCCUCCAACGCCUAUCUCGGAUAUGGAUGUAUACCAGGAGAACAUUGCAACACAAGAUCGUCUUGGGGACACUUUGACUGCAGAACUUUCAAAGGAACAAAACGCACGCUUCAGGAAGAACGAGCUGCUCCGUGAGGAGUAUCUAUCUCACUACAAGCCAUGGCGACUGGCAAUUUGGGAGCUUGAUCGUAUGAAGGAUAAAACAUCUAUUACUCCUGCACCUGUAUCGCCGCCUGUAUCCACUGUGCCAACUACUCCAGCACCAAUGCCAGAAGGCCGCGAGGGCCGUCGGUACAAAGGCAAUAGCGAACUUGAUUUCCUCAAUGCGCUCAAAGCCUCUGAAAUCUCAGCCCAGGAGGAACUUGAACGUCGACGAACUAAAAUGGCGACAGCUCGGCCGGAUUUGGGCCGCGAAGCUAUCAUUCCCAAUAUGCUCGAACCAAAGGAAGAACAGGCCUGCAUAUACAAAGACGUGAACAACAUCAUUGAGUGCAACAAAGCUCUAGAUGUGUUCGGCUUCUUACCACCUCCAAACGAUUUCACGCCCGAGGAGCACAUUGUUUUUACGGACGCAUUCAUGGCUCACCCAAAAAGAUGGGGUAAGAUUGCCGAGUCUUUACCUGGUCGGACCUUCCAACAGUGUAUUGUGCACUACUAUCUGACCAAGGAAGAGAUCAAGUACAAGGCGAAACUCAACAAACGUUGGAGUAAGCGCAGUAAGGCAAGCCGCAAGGGCGCGCGCCCCAAAUCCAAUGCUCUCAUUGCGGACUUGGGCGUCGUGAAACCUGACUUUGACGGCGCAGAGGACACGCCUGCUGUCACUGACACCGGUCGUCCGCGACGUGCAGCGGCACCUACGUUCGGUGAAAAUCUAGAGCCAGAAAGCACUGUGCCUAUCGGCCGUCGUGGCCAGCCAGUCCGUGAUGGCGAACCCGUCGAACGAGCCCCAGCCCGACGAGGCGGACGCGGUGGAGGUGGGCGUGGUGGGCGUCGCGUCAAACCGCCUCAACCCGAUACAAAGAGCCAGGCAAUAUUGCCACAGGUCAACGCGCCUUCAGUUCCGCCCCCGCCUGCCUCUCUUGGGACUGAGAUGGAAUUGACACCGGAUACAAUCAUGGAAGGAUACGAAGCUCGCGAACGCCAGCGCACAGAAAGAGAAUCCUUACAGCAAAUUCCGCGGGGCAGGAUCGGCCGUGGACGGGCGAAAGAUGGAGUCUAUGUGUUUGAAUCCACUGAAGUCGAGCAGACCCCGAUCAACAAACAGCCCGAGACCGGAUAUGGCUCUCUGCAGCCAACAAGUUAUUGGUCUGUCCCUGAGCAGCGUGAUUUCCCAGCACUGCUAGGACACUUCGGCCGUGAUUUUGAGGGUAUCUCUGGUUGGAUGAAAACGAAGACAACAGUUAUGGUCAAAAACUUCUUCCAGCGCCGUCUCGACUCUGGCCACAACGACUUUGAGCUAAUUGCAAAGGAUGCCGAGGAGAAGAAGGCUCGUGGUGAAUCCCCAGGGAAACUUCCAAAUCCCAGCGUUGCCCCAAAGCGACGUUACGAGGCGACCCCGUCUUCUAUUUCUAUCAUUCCUCGUCCGCUUGCUCCUCAUGGUGAUAAUAUGAUGGAGAUUGAUGAAACACGCUUCCCCUCAAAAGGAAGGCCUCAUGGCCAGUCGCCGCAACCAAUGUCUGUGCACAUGCGACCCUUGUCCGAGAAAGAGCGGAAUGCCAGUCGCUACCAGCCCCUUGCACAAGCUACAGCUGCCUCGCCGGUGCCUACCGCAACCCUGAUUGAAGAAUCCACUCGAGCAAUUCGCGCACAAGGAGGCCCAUCACAUCGCGUACAGGGCCCGAGACUCGGAUACUUCACUGGAGAGAGACGGGACCCCUCAAGCAUGUCCAAUGCUACUACUGGAGCGCAGGAUUUGUCAAUGUCUUCGCGUCAUUCAGGCGCCAUGCCACCAGACAACGCACGCCUGGAGCCUAUGCCUGGCCAGGGCUAUAUGUCUGCGCAGCAGCAAUCAUCCAUGUUCACGUCUCAUUCCCGCCACCCGAGCUUGAAUCAAACACCUGGUUCACCGAGCCAACUCCCUAGACCUGAUCUUGAGAUAUCCUCUGUUCACCGCGAUCCGUUCCCCCAGCGAUCAUAUUACCCCAUUUCAGGCCAAUCAGUUGGGAUUUCGCAGUCGCCUCGCCCUGGCUUGUCGCCCAUUAAAGAUGUUCCGCGCCCUAGUGCCACACCUGGUCCUGAUACGACUUCUCGCCAAGUACCAGCGAAACGGUCCAACAUCAUGAGUAUCCUUAAUGACGAGCCCGAGGAACCCCAGCCUCGCAAACGGUUCGCGAGUGAGCAAGCCCCGCCUUCCCAGGCUACAACUCCAAGCAUCAACUCAAGACCAGUUUACCAAGCCGCAGGGCCCUCGCGCCACGAAGAAAUUACCAUGCCGGGUAUGCCACAAAAGUCCUCUGGGUACGCUCAGCAAAGCCAAUACCAACCACCCUCUCGCGGCUAUUCAGAGUAUCCUAGCUAUGGACCUCCACAUAGUGGCUCGAGCACUUCGGCAAAUACUGAUUGGAUGGCACGAUUUGACCCACGGGCGCAACAGACACCUCCGCAGCCCACGGCCCCAUCAUUGCCACAACAGCAGCAGCAGCCACCUGCCAGCAACCGCGCUCCGGGUUCUUUGGCUUCCCAGGGCUCCUAUUCGUCUUACGCCGCGGCUCCAAGCCAAGCUCCGGUGCCAACACCCAGCCUUUCUGCGCCAUCCCCAGCGCCCACCCCACCGCCAUCAAAUCCUUCUCAGCGAUCAGCUUAUCCCAGCGUCUUCCCUCAAUCAUCUGCCCAACCGUCGGGCGUCUCAGCCUCGCGUGAGAUGGCCUCGCAACCUUCGUCCUAUCGACCAGGAUCACCCGGUUCACGUUCUACCAUGCCAUAUGGAACACGACAGGAUCCGCCAACGCCCGCGCAAUCUUCCGCUAGUGUGUAUGGUGUUCACCCACGUCAGUCUGGAACUCCCUCGUCGUACGCGGCUGCAGCCACUCCAAAUCCAGUUCAAUCGCACAAUUAUCAACAGCAUGUGCAAACAAUGGUCAGUGGAUCGCAUCAGCCUCAGUCCCACCGAUCAACACCUGUCACAUUAUCUGCUGGAUCAUCGCGAUACGGUCAUAGCACUCCUCCCCCUCAAUCCCAGGCUGGGAGAUCAAUGGCUUCGCUGGCGAGCAUUGGACGCUCUUACACUCCUCCUUCGUCUAUGCAUCCUUCAAUGGGUGGAAACUCGAUGGGUGGUUACACUGCGCCCCCUCCAUCUGCGCCAGGGUCUAUUCCGUCCCUGCAUCAACGACCAGUUGGACCGGGGUCACUUGGUGAGAAUGGCUCUACUCCAAGGCAUCAUCGAGUUUAUAGUCACGGGUCAGCUCAAGGUCGAGUUCCAGGCUCACUGCCGCCGCCUUCACAACAACCGCGCUAG